CACAUGCGGAAGUAGAGUUCAUAAUUUCCUGAGUCAUUGCUCCUCAAAUCCAAUGUAUUGAUACCCACAUUUCUCAGACAUCACGACUCUUAGUAGGCUACUAUACUUUCAGUUUGGCAUUUAAAGUAUAUUUAACAAUGGAGGGCACUGUAUCUAAUGUGGAGGUCUGUAACUUUGCCUACACGGGGCAGUUUGAUAAAUUAAAACAGUGCAUCCUGACAGAUAAAUCGCUUGCGUGCAAAACGGACCAGGACCAUAGAACCGCUCUGCAUUGGGCUUGUUCUGCUGGCCACACCAACAUUGUGGAGUUUCUGCUUGACCUGGGAGUUGAAGUGAAUCUGCAAGAUGAUGCUUCGUGGACCCCUCUUCACAUUGCAGCGUCAGCUGGCAGAGAAGACAUAGUGAGGGCUCUAAUAUCUAAAGGAGCUCAGCUGAAUUCAGUCAAUCAAAAUGGAUGCACCCCUCUGCACUAUGCAGCCUCUAAAGACCGAUAUGAGAUUGCCGUGAUGUUGUUGGAAAAUGGAGCGGACCCCAAUGCCACCGACAAGUUGGAAUCCACUCCCCUCCACAGAGCAUCUGCCAAGGGAAACUACCGGCUCAUCCAGCUGCUUCUCAAACAGAGUGCAUCAACCAACAUCCAGGACUCACAGGGCAACACAGCGCUCCACCUGGCAUGUGACGAGGAGCGUGUAGAGGCAGCCAAGUUGCUGGUGGAACAUGGGGCCAGCAUCUACAUUGAGAACAAGGAAGAGAAGACCCCCCUCCAGUUAGCCAAAGGUGGCCUGAGCAACUUACUCCAACGGAUUGUAGAGGGUUGAUACAUUUGAGUUGAGAACUAUUAAUAAGUUACAUAAUGAGAAUUCUCAUUCUAGUCAGUUCUUCCUGAGCGGCAUGGUGUGACACAUUCAGAUGUGUUGCAGGUGGAAGAUAAGACGGUGGCAGGGAGAAAUGUUGGACUGUACUGCAUCCUGUUCCUCAGAUGGGACAGUGAAACUGCUCAGACCUUAGAUGUCUGACUAAAAACACUCUGCACUAUGCUCAGUCUAUCAUACACUGCAGCCUCUUUUCUAUGAAGUUUGAAUGAAAAUGCUAAAAUGACUUAAUAAAGAUCAGCGUACAGCCAGUUAAUAAAGUAUGUUUGAGAUGAUUUAUUCAUUGUCCAUACAAGAAUUGGAUCCAGAAAGUGUUGUUUGCUGUCUAGCUUUUGACCUGUUGCUACCUUCAGUGAUUAAAGCGAUGGUUUCUCUCCACACACUGGACAAUG